AUGGACACAAAAGCAACUCACGAAUCACGGAGUGCUCAAGAGUUCACUAGUCAGAUGGAGAAAAUUGACAAGAAGCUCGUCGCUUUGUUGGAAAAAUAUGAUCUUCAGCAAGCUGUCCAUGCUUUUAAGGAGAAAAUGAAGCAUAAAAAUGAACCUUCCACUGGAGCACAUCAUGUGAAGGUAUCAGAAUUGGAAGGAUUUGAAGACGAGCGCUUGCAACAGUUGUGGGAAACCGCUAGGAAUGGGAAGUUUUCGGAGGCUGAAUUGAUAGCACUGCAUGGCGAACUGAAAGAUGCUGAAAGGAAAACUAGAGUCUACGACGAUACUCUUCAGCAGUUGAAUAAGGUUCCCAUGGAGAAUUCGAUUCAUUUUGACGAUCACCAAUCUCUAGACACGAAGAAAGCGCAACUGAAGAAAGUGCACCGCGAAAUGUCUGACCACAUCGAUCAACUUCAUCAGAAGAUUCAUGAAGACAGCAAGAGUCCUUUCGAAAAUGAUCGCGUCAAACGGUUAUGGAAAACUGCACAAAUGAAUGGGAAUUUCUCACAGAAAGAUCUGGAUAUCAUGAAAGACGAAUUGCUUCACUUUGAUAUACAACUCAAGAAGAUCGCUUUUCAUAAGAUGUUCGAGGAUGUCCAGAGAACAAUAUCACGCAAAAGGCCUCUCAUACAGGACUUUGCUAGUGAGAUCCCGCAAAAAGAGAACUGGGAGUAUAAGCCAGUAGAAAAGAAAGUUCGGCAAUCACAAAAAGUAUGCCUGAGAUGUCUCGCUGGUGAAGCAGGCCAUAUCACACACGUACUGUCUGAGGUUGCUGCUUAG